GUUUCCCACAAAAACCCUAACUGGCUUGAGAGGGAGCGAGGGAAAGAGAGAGAGGGAGAGAGAGAGAGGCCGCCAUGGCGACGGUGCAAUCCGUGCAGUGUUUCGGCAGGAAGAAGACGGCGGUGGCGGUGACGUACUGCAAGGCCGGGAGGGGACUGAUCAAGAUUAAUGGCUGCCCGAUCGAGUUGGUGCAGCCGGAGAUCCUCCGCUACAAGGCCUUCGAGCCCAUCCUGUUGCUCGGUCGGGCCCGCUUCGCCAACGUCGACAUGCGCAUCCGCGUUAAGGGCGGAGGGCAUACCUCACAGAUCUACGCCAUCCGCCAGAGCAUCGCCAAGGCUCUGGUCGCCUACUACCAGAAAUUCGUCGACGAGCAGUCCAAGAAGGAGAUCAAGGAUAUCCUAGUCCGCUACGACCGAACCCUUCUUGUCGCCGACCCUCGCCGCUGCGAGCCCAAGAAGUUCGGCGGUCGUGGUGCCCGUGCCCGUUUCCAGAAGUCCUACCGUUGAGUCGCCGAUGCCCACUGGAGGGGGAAUGAAAAGAGAGGGAACCGUAUUUCUUCUUAUUGCUCUUCUUUUGUCUUCGGUUUUCUUAGUUAAAUCCGCCGUUCUAUUGUGCAAACUCUAGUUUUGGUGAAGUGUGGUUUUUUCGUUUUUUUUGGACGCGUAGAGAAGGAUAGCUCAGAGAGAGAUGAUAUCCACUGUUUAUUUUGAUUUACAUUUUUGUUAAACUAUUGGGAUUAUCAAGACAUAGUUUCCGUUCUUCAUAAAGUAUAGCAAUUUUAUUUC